AUGCUCCACAAUCACGACAAAUACCUUGGAUGGAUAUUUGAAAAACAACCUAAUCUAGAUAUCGACGGUUUGAGUGAAUCAACAAACGCCGCUGCUGAUCUUUCGCACCAGUUCCUGCAAAUUAUGCAUCCCAUGCGCUUUUCCUCCUUUCAUGAGCUGCAGGCUAAAAUGGAGGAGUUUCAAAAGUAUACGGGCAGCCUCUACGUCAUGCGGAGCACCAAGCGCUUUCCUGACGACCACCCCGAGAGAAAAACCUUGGUCUAUCGGUCACUUGUCUUUGAAUGCUAUCAUUAUGGAACUCGUAAAAGUUUGGCAAAACUCCGCCCAAACCAGCGGACAGCUAAGAUUGGUUGUCGUUCGAGAAUCAGUAUUUACUGCAAGGACCACGAACUCACGGUCAUGCGCUACGAAGUGCGACACAACCACGAAGUUACCCAGCAAUCAGCUCGCCUAUAUCCAAAGAACCGACGUCUGGAUAAGAGUCAAGAGCUGGCCGUUAGGGAAUUGAUGAAGUCUCAUCCUGAAAAUCACGUCAUCAAAGACUACAUUGAAGACAACUUCAACAUGUCAGUGACCCUGUAUGAUGUAAAAAACCUAAAACGGAGGUUCAAGACGCACCCCGAACCGCCUACUGAACUUACCCAGGAGGACAUGUUUUUGCAUAUUAAUCCCCAACUGCAACAACUGGAGCAGCUGGCUAUGUCAUCCAACAGUGAUCGGUUCUGGGGCCGCAUUGAUGACAUCGCAGCACUCGCAAGCAGAUGGCGUAAUGAAGACAAUGGACUUACCGGCGUCAUAGUUUCGUCGCCGGAUCACUGUCCAGAAGUGGCCGCCUUCGAAUGUGCUGAAGUGGACUCCUCUAGUUUACUGAAUUCUGAUGAAGAGACCACGUCUACCAGCGCCUACUUUAAUAACCAAAGUGGGUCAGAUGCGUAUGUUGUGGGACAGGCCAUUAACCGUAGAAUGGCGCAGGUUGACACUGUUACCCACUGUCAUAGGCAUGAUCGCCUUCCAAAAGUUUUAAAAUACGAAACAACAGAUUUUAAAAAUCUGCAUGGUACAUGGGCCCUGUGUGAAGAGGACCACCGGUGA